AAGUGUUUCGUCUAAAUACGGUAACUUAUGGCACGGCCAGCGCACCAUUUCUUGCUGUCAGGUGCUUGAAGUAUCUAAGCGAAACUCAUUUAAAUUCGCAUCCACUUGGCUCAAAGUCUCUUGCUUCCGAUUUCUAUGUUGACGAUCUUCUUACAGGCGCAGACACGAAAUCCGAACUACGGAUAUUGCGUCAACAGCUAGUUGAAAUCCUAGAGCCAGCCGGAUUUGUGCUGACGAAGUAGACUGCUAAUUGUCAACUAGGUGACAGUCAGAAAGAGAAUCUGGUUAUUUCGAGUGGAGAUCAGCAAGAUUGCAAAACUCUUGGACUGAUGUGGAACCCACAGGCAGACAUUUUCAAGUACUGUCUGAAACCAAUAGUUUCGUCCGAAACCACAACUAAGAGAGAAAUUUGGCUUUUGAGCCUUGGUUGGGACGAUCCCAUUCCCUUAAAGUUGCAACAAAGAUGGGAGUCGAUGGUUUCGGACAUGCAAAGGUUGCAUGAAGUCACCAUUCCACGUUUUGUAGGAGCAUGGGUUUGCAGAUGCGUCCACGCGAGCAUACGGCUGCUGCAUCUACGUUCGUGUGUCCCAUUCAAAUGGAGUGUCCGUUAACUUAUUAACGGCAAAGUCAAGGGUGGCACCCUAAAAGACAAAAACAGUCCCAAGAUUGGAGCUAUGAGCCGCUCAUCUGUUGGCAAAGUUGUGGGAGGAAGUUCGAUCUAUUAUUGAUUGCCCCGUAGAGAAGGUUAUAUUGUGGUCAGAUUCGGAAGUGGUUCUACAUUGGCUGCAAACUCAUCCCUCUCAGUUAACAACAUUUGUUUCAAAUCGAGUUGCAGAGAUACAGGAAAUCACUUCGACUGCCUCAUGGAGACAUGUACCCACCAAAGAAAAUCCUGCAGAUCCAGUAUCUCGGGGAUCAUCAGUAGCAGACUUAGAUUCACUAUUUUGGUUUAACGGCCCGUCAUUCCUGCAACAAAAUGCCAUGGAUUGGCCUCAAAAUCGUCAUUUACGUUUGACAGAAGCGGACGCGUCAUUAGAGAAGAAGAAGGUAGCCACUUCGCUUGUCGCGGCCGAUGGCGAACACAAUCCCAUCCUCACCCUAAUAGAAAACUCAUCAUCAUAUAUGAAAGUGGUAGGCACAAUUGCAUAUAUCCGCCGGUUCAUAAACAAAAGGAAAGGAGUAAUUUGGAGUAGUACUUGUCCGUCAUCAGAAGAGCUCGGCGCAGCGUUUCUAGUAGCAGUUGAAGCUGUUCAAAGAGACGAGCCAAUUGUCACGCUGGACCCCGUGCACUAGUGGGAUUUCUAAGACAGUCCAUGUGGCUGAUAAAUGCACGAAGAGAGUGCAGUGCCAUUGUCCGGAAAUGCGUACACUGUUUCCACUACAAGCCGAAGCUUCUCUCACAAAUCAUGGGAAAUCUUCCCGCUGAUCGAUUGCGUGGGAAUCGACCCUUCGAGAUUAGCGGAGUUGAUUUGUUUGGACCGGUUCGUGUAUCGCUUGGGAUUCGUGGCAAGCAGCCUCUUAAGAUGUACAUAGCAGUGUUUGUCUGCUUUGCAUCUAAGGCCGUACACCUAGAUAUUGUAAAAGACUUGACCUCUAAUACAUUUAUUUUGUGCUUAUCCAGGUUUGUUGAACGUCGUGGGCCUCUUGUCAAACUCUAUUGCGACAACGCCACGAAUUUUGUUGGUGCAGCUCGCAUGCUCAAGGAGCGCAUGGAUGCAUUCAAUGCCAAGGACGAAGACCUCAAGGCGUAUGCUGCGGCUCACAGUUUUUCGGUGGAAUUCAUUCCCCCGCGAGCCCCGCACAUUGGAGCCCUGUGGGAGUCGGCGGUGAAGUCCGCCAAGAAUCUGCUGCUCAGGGCUAUGGGCAGCGCAGUGCUCAAGGAGGACGAGCUGCAUACGGUUCUCGUGGACGUCGAGGCCGUGCUCAAUUCCAGACCACUGGUGGUCGACAGCGGCAGCCCCAACGAAGGGGAGGUGGUGACUCCAGCGCAUCUACUAGUCGGCAGAACGCUAGUUUCGCUGCCACCCGAAUCAGAGCUGCCCAGACCAGACAGCAGCCUCUCAUAUCUGCAACGAUGGCAGCUCGUGUCUGCCAUCAAGCAAAGAUUUUGGAGAGAUUGGUCCAGAGACUAUCUUCUCAGCCUUCAACAGCGAGGGAAGUGGUCCGAGGAGGUCGCCAACUUGGAGCCAGGCAGAGUGGUGGCAAUUCACGAGGACAACGUGGCUCAAAUGUGGCUCACCGGAAUAGUGGAGGAGGCAAUCCCAGGAGCGGACGGGAAGGUUCGCGUGGCCGUGAUUAGGACGAAGGCCGGGGUCUACAAGCGAUCGAUCCAUCGUUUGGCGCCUAUUCCAUUGGAUUGAAGCCUAUAGGCUGUCAACGCGGCCGAUGUUAAGGCAAAUCAGUUACCUGCAUAUAUAUAUAUAGCUAUAAUUAUACCUAAGAGACAUGUAUGAAAUCACGCUCUUAAAUUGUAAUGUCAUGCGCUC